AUGGAUUCACCAGACCUUCACUUCCUCGACAAAUACGCGAUCAACAACUGUCGUCGGGUGUAUGACCAUUGCGUGCCGCAAGAAUACACCAAAGGUACCAUUUUGCACGUUCGCAACUUCCAUUCAGCUUCUACUCAAGCUCUCCUCAGCGAGGAAGACCGAGAGGGCACUACUCCGCUGGUCCCGACUGCCGCAGAGACAGCUCCUGUCAAGCCGCCCAAGACCACAGACUGCAUUUGGGUGGGUAUGGCUCUCGGUAGCGACAAGUUGGCGGCCAUCAAGCAGGAGGAAGGAGCUUCGAGCAAGAUUGAGCCCGCUGAGGGAUCUGCUUCUGCUUCCAAGGACGAUCACCCCACUGCAGAUAAUCUACCGAACGAAGCACGCGCGACCAAACGCAAAGCCGGCCGAAACUGGGACUUGUUGCGGGAGCCCAAGGCUGCGGACAUCAUCUCCUUCGAUCCGCGCGCGAAACGUGUCGUGGUGAAGAAGGUGAAGGGAUAUUCCUUCUGGGCGUUAAACCACCCACAUGCCGUCUCAGGCUUGAGCACUGGCUACAUGGUCAACAGUGAACAGAUUUACUUCUUCAGAGAGUUCCGAGACGACUUCAAGAAAUCCCAGAGAGAUCGUUGGGUUGCCUCGUACAGCAAAGCGCAAGAAGCCUAUGAUCGGAUUGGAGGCCCUAUCGAAACCCCUCAACCGGCAAAUCAGGGAGUACCUGAAGUUGAGGACGACCACACUGCCGACGAUUCUAAAGUUUCUGUCAACGAACACGAGAAUGACGCUAAACAGAAUGCACCCAUCGAAUCUGAUCAGCAAGCUGAUAAUCAACUUGCAGUUGAGGCGAAUGUGGUGCCCGGCCAUGACGAGGAGAUGAAUACGACUAACGCCUUACAGCAGGUGGACAUGCUCGGCAUUCAUGUCUACAUGGAUCAAGAACUUCAGCAAAGCGUUGAGCAGGCAACAACGAAGAAAGGCUCCAAGAUCGUUCAGGACCAGGGACCAUCUCAUACGGUCUCAGCUAUGCCGGUCGCGUGCUCCAAUAUCAUCUCGAUUCGGGAUACAUCUUCCGAUCUCUCAGAGCCGAGAGACUUAAGAGCCUUUAGCCCUCUAACAGAGAUUGGUGAUGAAGUAGGACUUGGGAUCAAGGAAAUCAGUAUCCAGAAUCAAGUUACAGAGCGGGUUGCUGAUGCUGCCGUUCGCGCGAACGGCAAAGGCGCCAACGCAAUGCCAGUCCAUCCGAAGAUCCUAGACCCAGAGAGCCACAGGUCAAAGCCCAAACGCCACCGUGCUCUGGAAGACGAUGGAUACAUCGCUGAUGAUGACAACUAUCAGCAACAGUACACCAACAGAGUGGCCAAGGUGCUGAAGGCCCUAAUCGACAAGCUACAGAAACGAGGACAGGGAGCUUUGCUUCACCAGAUUCACACUCUGGCAAAGUGCUUAGACAAGAAAGAGGGGCCGGCUCACGGAUCCGCUCUGACAGUUUCGCUGAAUAUUCCAGACAAGAUCCACGACAAAGAUUGCUCCAAGAUGCUUGCUGAACUAUACAGCAUCUUCCCCUACCUGAAAGCAGACACCGAGGGCAUGAAGCCGAAGACGCUCGCGUGGAUGUUAAAGGGACUUCGUCUCACUGGUUCAUCGGUCGACCUGCCGUUGAUCAGAGCUUACUUGGUAGCUUUCAACUUGGAGAUGCGCCGGGAAAUUGGUGACAAAAUUCCAAAGCGCGAUGAGUUCACCGUGGAGAGACUUAUCGACAUGCUUUGCGCGGCUCGCGACCAUGCUGAGGCGAUUGUGCACCAUGCGGGUCCAUCUGAUAUGAAAGCGGCGGGGGACAAGGACUUUCCUCACCCGGAUGAGAACGGCGAAGUCUGGGCGCAUAUGAAUUGGACUGAUACGCGAACGACUUGA